UUCGAGAUUCGGGAGGCCCGUCUCGCGCGGCCGUGCGUCUCCUUUUUAUUUUCUUCUCCAUCACGAUACGGCAAGCGGCAUCCCUUGCGUCGUCGUCACGAGUCACCCGCCUGCGAGUCCGCGAUUCCCCGAGCGCGGCGCGUCGCGGCACCCCGCGCGGAGUCCGGAGUGUGACGAUAAUUAAUAAUCAACGGCCGUCACGCACACGUGAUAUCGGUCUGUCUGUCACACGGGAAUCGGAGCGUCGCACACGACGCAUAUGCAUGCCGCCGCGUGGUAACGAACGCGCGCGCGUAGCGGAGAGAAACCGAUGGGAAUCCGUCGCUGGAGGAAACCCGACGCCGCCGUCGUCACUGCCGCACACCGUGGGAUGAUAAAUGGUGGCCACCAGCAGUAUGGUGUAUGAGGAGAUAGUCGGUGUACGGGGCAGCUGACCCCAGCCACCGCGCACGCUUUUCACGCGCGAGAUGCCCCACAAUCUAAACUCAGCUUCCGCCAACUCCGCCAACACGGGACCGAAUCAUCAAGCCUAUCCCCAGCAGACGUAUAACCAGAAUGCAGAUGGACUCCAGCCUGAGAAAGAGCCGGUGGAAUUCGACACGUCGCAUCUGCGAGGUGCUCCAGCGGAGGUCGAGGCGUUGGUACACAAUAUCAAGGAGGUCGCCCAGCAGUUCCUCUACCACUGGUGUACGUUCCCCAUCGUCCUGCCCCCGUCGUUGUCCUCGUGCACGGAGGGCGAGGACACGUUGGCGCGAAAGAAGUACCACCUGAGGGAUCUCUUCGUGGCGCCCAGCUUCGACGAGCUGGACGCCGUCGCCGUGGACAGUAAGGGCGAGCCGAGAAGACUGACCAACAAACAACUGGAGAGCAUCAGGGAGCGGGGCUUACACAAGGAUAAAUAUGGAAAGCCGAAGAAGCUGAAUGCCACUCAGUUGGAGAGCAUUCGAAGAUGCGGAGAGUUCGAAGUGGACUCGAUCAACUUCGCCGGGCAGACGCACCGAUGGCGACUGAGCGGCCUCCUGCAGCGCGGCCGGGACAGACGGCGGGACGCGUUGCUCACAGACCUCGCCCUGGCGACUAGGUUUCUCGUUGUAACGGCAAAGGCUAGAUUAGUUUCCCAUUGCUUCAGUGUCUCGCAAUCCCUUAAAGCCUUGUUAACGGGGCUGCUGCGACUUCUCGACAUUAUAAUCGGCGUACCGUCGCUCCAGGCACACAAUCUAGAUGCUAAAAUUAGGGAGGAGCGCUGCCGAUAUCUGGUGGCCGAAUUGGUCUGCAGGCCGGAAUACGAGGAUUCCCUGGAGCUCCUCUGCGGAUUCAUACGGAAGCAACUGCGUCGAGCGACCACGGAGAAGUUCGAGGUCGAGCGAGAAUCGUCCCAGCUGUUGCCCGUGUCAGUUCCCUUCGUAUUUGGGACGCCUGGCGGGGCCGCGGUUGAUCUCAGGCUGUUCAGCAGGGACAUAAUCAGGAAGGCUCUACCGACGCUCGUCGCGAUUCUGGAGAGAGAGACAAGAGGCUGGUUCCUUCACUUUAGAGAAAGACUGAUAUCCGAAUUGAGAGCACAAAAGAAGCCGGACGACGAGAUAGAACGAGAAGUUAACGAAGCGGUGAUGCGCGAGUACUUGCAGAGAGUGUACUCGAAUAUCCUGUCGCAUCCCGACAUACUCGCGCUAGGCGAGGGCAUCGCUCAGCUGCUGGUUCAACAGGCGCAAUCGGUUGUGCUGAUGCACCGAGCGGUGGAGAACGUGCAGCGGAAGCUAUCGCAAACCAAAGAAUCUCUGCGACAGCGUAUCGAGAGCGAGCAUCCGAUCCUGUCGCGGAUACAGCCGUGGAUGCGCGAUCGCAUGCGCGAGGCCGAGGAGAAUUUUAUCGAGGAGUGCGAAUGGAGCGCGCACGAGGAGUCUCUCGCGCUCUGCAGCCAUCAGAAUCUCACCCAGACCGUGUACUUCCUCAAUCGCGACUUAACCUUCAUGAAAGAGAGAGAGCCAGUUCUCCUGAAAGAGCUGCGGAAGGUGAAAACCCCGACGAGGACUUUCCAAUGGCCGACGCAAAUCUGGCUGCCGAAGAACUGGAUAAUAAGACGCAAUUUUCAGGGCCAGUCCGAAAUCAUUCCGACCGUGCUUAGCAACACCCCGACUUCCAUCACGACGCCCCGCGCCGAUCCCAGUCAGCCCGUCUUUCUGGUCGAAAGAGAGAUCGUACACACGACUACGACAAGAUGGCCGAUGUGGCGCUGGAUAAAUUAUAUCGCCAGGACGUGGUGUUGGACUUGGAAUGCGAUGUUCCUGCUGGGCGUAGCCGUACCGUGGUGCAGCCCGGUGUCUUUCCGCGCUUUACUGCUGGUGCAACCGUUCACCCCCGACCUGGAACUGAGUCAACUGAAUGGAACGUUGUUCCCGAGAAAGUCAUCGCAAAUGCCUACUCUCUGUUCCCGAUUGAUAGCACUCUGGAGGCACAUCAGUAAAAGUCGGACACACUUCGAAACUGAACCAGACACAGGAUUCAUCGGCAAAGGUAUGACGAGGCAUCUAAAUAGGCUAUGGAACUACGGUGCGAAGGGUCUACUAGGCACGCUCAUCAUUCUGUUCGUGUUUCCCGUGGUGUGCGUUCUGGCGAGCGUCAGCUCGCUGAUUAUCGCUCUCACUGCGAUCUUGUGGAUGCCUCUGGUCACGAUGACGCUGCACGCGUUCAUGGCGCUCGUGAUGGAUCUGGACAGUCCCGAGCCGAGCCGCAAUCGAUACUUCGUGGUGAUGGAAGCGCUGGCCUGGAACAUCGGUAUUCAAGGCUGCCUGCAACCGAUAGCGGCGAUAUUCGUAGCCUUUGUCAUAUGCCCGAUCAUCUCAUUCGUGAUACUUACAAUUGCUGUGAUACGUUACUGGGUCAGAGUGUUCUGGGAUACGGUUAUGUUCCACCUAGUGAUCAAAAAUAGAGGUCGGAUACCAGCGAGCGACAGCUUCGUCGUGAAAAGAAUAGCUGGGCCGGGAUUAGCUUCGGAUUAUUAUUAUCAAAUACGAGCGGAGCAAGCAUUGGCCGCGUUCGAAGCGAAAUUGGAGCUGGACGAGCUGCUGGCUUUCCAGCAAGAGAUCGAGAGAUUAAUCACUCAGCCGCAGAGAGAUUUUACACAGUUUGUCGAAGCCUGUUUCGGCCCGUUCGCCGCUAGCCUCGCCAAGACGAAGGACCCGUACAAAUCGCUCGAGAAAGAAGCCAAAGAUCUAAUCGCCGUGCUGCACGAGAAGCUGGAUCGACGAAGAAAGAAUUUGCAGACGGGUCUCGGCGUCGCGGUGAGGAGUAAGAUAAAAUUAACCACUUUCGACUUAAAGGUAGUCAUACAGCAAGGCGCGCUGAUGCUGGAACGUCUCUAUCCCACUCACGUUUUCGCGAGAUUGCCCGGAAACGAGGAGGACUUCUGGGAGAACAAGGGUUUAGGGGUGUGCGACUGGGCGGGCCUGGCGGGUCUCAUGUACGCCGACAUCUUCAGCCUGGAUUUCCUACAACCGCUCGACGACUCCGAUACGAAAUUCCGAUUGGAGCCGCAUCCCGGUGUCGAUCUGUCACGGUACACGGACAUGGUGCACAGUACCGAGCUCGGUGGCAUUAACGGGCCCGAUUUACUCGGCGCCGUUUACGCACCGCGCGGGAACAUCCAAGUGCACAGUCCGUAUCUCGAGGUGUCCGCCUUUAAUCCGAAGGCUAAGCAAGCCAGCAACAGCAGGAAGUCCGACAAGCGAUGCGACACCAGCGGCCUGUUGACGUCGACGAAAAUCCGGCGGCGCGCGACGACGAGCGAUAGCAACUCGGAGGGACGGUGGCAGCCGUGGAAACGGCAGAUUCAUCCGUACAGCGCGGAGAAACUGGUGAUCCCUCUGCCGAUUCCGCAUCCGGCUCACAUAGCGGUGACCAUACACAAUCGCGACUCGGAGGACCCGAUACCGCUCGACUCGGAGCUGUGCCAGAACAUCCUGCGCGCCAUCGAGGAGUCGCCGGGCGAGAUGGCGAUCGAGUACGUGAGCCGGUACAGAGGCGGCGGCGGCGACUCGAGCUUCGACUCGGUCGCGUCGCAGUCGUCGGUCUCGAUCGACACCGGCCUGGAUAAGGAGAACGAGACGACGCAGGAGACCGCCGCGGCGGCGAACACCGAGAGGGAGGGCGAGACCUACCACUGGACCCUGUCGAAUUGGGGCGGUGGCAUGACGCGUAGGCGGAACAAUUCCGGAUCCAUUAAGGUCGACCUAGCGUCCCCGGAGGACGUCACCCUCGACACAGAUACUACCAGAGUGAUGUUCAGCACGUACGGAACAACCGUUUAAAAAAAAUUAAAUCCGCCGUUAAAACCGGAUGGCGCCGAAAAUAAAAUGGCCGUCUUUCGUUUACAGAUGACGUUAAAAGAAAAAAAAGAAAAUGGGGGGGGGGAGAAAAAAAGCUCCGCGACCUUUUAACGAACCGGAUCUUAGAGAACAGCCUCUGCCAUCUCCGAGAUCACGCGAUGCAAUAUUAAAUAUUCGCAUUAUCCGCUCUCAGCUAGAAGUAACGCGGAUCGAGAUCGAGUAUGCAGAUUAAACGCGUUCGCCGAUACUGUAUACUCACGAUCCUAAUCAAAAGUAUAAAUUUGAAGGACUUCGUAGACACCUUCGAGAGAGGAGGAGCAGUAUUUACGGAUUCAGUUGCCGUAUAAAAAUACGUGUAAUCGAAUAGAGUUCCCAAUGAAUUACAAUUACAUUUAUAUUGAAAUUUAGUCGCGCAAAUCUAUUGUAUUCAAAUUUUAUCUGAAGAUCCAUUAGGACAGAGAUAUCACUCGCCGAAGUUAUCCCUUCGAUACCGAAGCUCGUGCAUGAAGCUUCGAUUAUCGAACGCGAAUACCGGUUUAACGAGAAAUAUUGCGCAAUCAAUGCAAGCUUCUCGAGAUUUCGUUAUUACGAGGUCGCGAUUUUUAAAAGUAUUAUAAGAAAGAAUUAUAUAUAUAUACAUAUAUAUAGAAAGAGAGAAAAAACAGGAUAUUCCAGAUUUUAGCGCAGCAGGCAAGAUUAGACGAGGUUUCUCUCUUUAAUAUUACGUUAAAGAAAAAUGCGACAUUCAUAUUGAUAUACUGUAUAUAGAUAGCUAAUUGUAUAAAAAUAAACUUGUUAAUGUAAUACUCCGGAUAACACGCUCUCCGUUAUUCACGACGAAGCGGCGACAGGCCGUGACAAAGAGGAUAUAUGCUUACGAUUGUUCAAUCGUUUAACAUUUAACAUAACGUAUACACAGCUGUUAUAAGCGUGCGCUUGCCGGCAAUGUCAUCCCCGAGUCGAUCGUGGAAAAUCGUAAAAUUACCGUCGCCGAGCGUUAUCGGUUACGUUAACACUUUGCCGACCGUUUGAAUGGAUCUACUAGUUUCACGAUCACUAAACGACGAAAUGAGUAGAUCUGUCCUUUUUCUUCUUAUCUUGGAUUUCUUAUCUUGGAUUUCGAUGUUGUAUAUUUAGAGUCGUAGUACGCUUUGUUGAAUCCAUCUGUUUUACACCACGCCAUUCUAUGAUUUUUAACACUAAAAGUACCAAGCAAUCAUUGCUCGUUUUAAAAAUUAAUGUUAUGUUUUUAAUAAGAAAUAUAAUAUAAUAUAUAACGUUAAAAUUUAAUAUAGUCUACAUGAACUCGAAGAGCUGAAAAAUUAAUAUAUUUUCACGCAAAAAUAUUAUUAGGCAUCCGCCUUGAAUAGGUCUUAUUGUCAUAUUUCUGGCGUAAAUGAUAGGAUAGUCUGGAAUUUUUUGAUCAUGUAACAAUUAUAUUUUGAUGAAAUAUUUAAUUUUUCAUCACUCUCUUUAUUUUCGUAGUAAUUUAUUCGCUUGAUCCUUCUAGUUAGAAACGUUGAUACUUCUAGUGUUAAUUAGUUUGAAGAAGAAAUGAUAAGAGAAAGAAAAUUUUCAAGGGCGAUACGGGUUGCAAAAAAAAAAUUGUAACCCGGUGCUCAGCGUAUAGUCAAGGCGUAACGCGCGCGGUUGGCGAAGUGUUAAGUUCGACGAUGUAGCGUAACGCAGCGUAAAUCGAACACGUAACGCCCCGUGUAAUCUAUUUGACGAACGCGCCCCCGAACAUCCGGGCAGAUACUUCGACGUCCUUCCAGCGUUCCUCUGUCUCAGUGUCACGCAUUUUAUUUUACUAAAAUGAGAUCGCGACAGAUGUUUUAGCGCGGAAUCGGAGAUCGGCUCCGCGACGGCGCGUGCCGCGCGGUGACGGGACGGGGGAGAAAAAUAACAAUCGCAAUCGAAUGUAUUAUUCCGAGACACUGUGUAGAUGCCAAGGUGCGAGAUAGCGGGGACACGGCGACGCGACGCAACUAACACCAACGCUAUUCAGACUCAAUAAAAUUUACUGUAAUACGAA